GGUUCGGGGUGCCCGCCCUGCCCUGUAGGGAAGCGGAAGGUUCGCGGUGCCAAGGCUCCCAGUGGCCGCCCUGUGGGGAAGUGGAAGACUCGGGGUGCCGGGGCUCCCGGCGUUUCCCGUGCCCGCCCUGCACUGUGGGGAAGCGGAAGGUUCGGGGUGCCGAGGCGGCCCCGUUCCCGCUGCCAUGGCGCGGCCGCCCCGCCGCGGCUGAGGGAGCCGCCAUGGCCGCCGCGCUGCGGGCCGCGCUCUGCAGCGGGUUCCUGCUCGUCGUUUCUGCAAUGGUCCCAGAGCCCCAGAACGUGAGAAUUUCUUCAGUCAAUCUUCACAGCACCUUGCAGUGGGAUGCACCAAGGUUCCCCAGAGGAAACCUCACCUACACUGUGCAGUCCAAGAGCAUCUACUACCCCGGGGACAGCUUUGAGACGCUGGGGACGGGGCUGAGGCAGCCGCGCUGCGACGUGUCCUCGCUGUCCCCCUACGGCAGCUACGCGCUGCGGCUGCGCGCCGAGGCCGGGCAGCUGCGCUCCCCCUGGGUCACCCUGCCCUUCAAGCCCAUGGACGACACGUCCAUCGGUGCCCCGGCGGUGCGGCUGCGCUCGGAGCAGGGGGCGCUGCACGUGGAUCUCUCGGGCCCCUUCGCGGAGCACGGCCGGGACCGGUGGCCGCUGCGGCUCUACUACGGCUCCUGGAGCUACCGGAUCCUCUACUGGAGGAAGGGCGGCAGGGACACAGAGCCCGCCUCUGCUUCCCGGGCAGCUCGGGUGGACACCAGGCACAGCUCAGAGGUGCUGGCCCCGCUGGAGCCAUGGACAGUGUACUGUGUGCGAGCGCAGGCGCUGAUCCCCGAGUGGAACAAGACAGGGCAGCUGAGCAGGGAGCUCUGUGAGCAGACAACCCACAACGGUGUAACCCCUGUGUGGAUCAUUGUGACUGUUCUGGUGGGGUCCAUGCUGGUCGUGGCCACAGCUGUCACCGUUUGUUUCUUCUCCAGUUUUUAUCUGUACAGACUCAUCAAACAUGUUUUCUGCCCUUCCUACAUUUUCCCAGAACACUUGAAAGAGUUUCUGAGCAAACCCCCCGGUGCUCCCCAGCCUCUCCCUCCCCGAGAAGAGCUCCUGGUUUGUGACAAGCUGGCAGUGAUGGCAGAGCCCCCCCAAACCCUCCCUGAAGGGGCUGGGGACGGGGACAGCAGGACAGCAGAGCUCCUGGUUUGUGACAAGCUGGCAGUGGUGGCAGAGCACCCCCAAACCCUCCCUGAAGGGGCUGGGGAUGGGGACAGCAGGACAGCAGAGCUCCUGGUUUGUGACAAGCUGGCAGUGGUGGCAGAGCACCCCCAAACCCUCCCUGAGGGCACUGGGGACGGGGACAGCAGGACAGCAGAGCUCCCUCAGGACUCUGCUCAAGGACACUGACUCAGGAGUGGGAGCAGCCUCAGGAAAAGCCCCAAUAUCCUCCUCAUUCUUCCCUUGGACUUUUGGGUUCAUCUCAUUGCUGUUUUCCAACAGGGAAACCCCACAGACAAACACGGGGUCACAGACUUUUGACAGAAUCAUUUUAUUUUUUGAAGUACAAGAAGCUUGUCACUAAAUGAGGAAUUAAAUCAUCCAUAACUUUUGCUACUGCUGGUUGUGGCUCCCUGAGCAGCUGUAGCAAUUCUGGCACUGAUUAUGACACUAAAAAGGAAAUGUCAUAUUUAUAUAUAAUGCUAAUUAAUUUAACUUUCAUGAACUAUUUAUUACAAAAACUAAUCAAAAUGUUUAUAAAAGAAAAUACUAUUUUGUAAGGAAAGACCUGGUUUAUUUUUAAGAAAAGAUCUGUUUAUUUUUUUCUAAUGAGAAAUGAUGUUUUUAAGGAUAUCCCCACUGGCAUCAUUUUUCUAUGGAAUUUAUUCUUCCCUGGUGCAAAGUUGUGAAGUUUUUAGGGUGGGGUGAACUGAUGUCUGUGGGAAACUUGGCAGCUGAAGUGGGAAUUAAAUGAGGUUCAUUUUAAUUAUCUGCUGAUGUGUAUUCUUAAUUUGAAAAAUCCGGGGAGCUGUGAGUCCCUGCUCCCAACCCAGCCUCAGCUGCACAGGUGGGUGAGGGCUGGACCCAGCACUGGGGCAGGGAGGGACCUUGGCACUGGGUUUGUGUCACUGCACCAAUGUAAGAGUGAGAAAUUAAAUUCUGUCACCAAAGGAA